UAACCCAGUAUGCAGAAGAGAGAGGAGAGCCAGAGCGACUGGACUCUGGAGCGGGUCAGUCGGCUGGUAGCCCGUAGGCUGGAUGAACAGCCUUUCUCGUAAAUAGAACGGCACCGUAUGCCGUCUCCCUGGAGGCUGCUGGACUCUCAGCAGGUGUGAAGAAAGGGUGACUCUCUGACAUCGUCGCGAGAGUGAAGUGGGGAGGAAUCCGUGAAUCUCAGGGUGGGAAAGAGAGGCAACGGUUAAAAGAGAUGUCGGAAAGAAAGGAGACGGUCGCGCAGGAUAACGCGCCGGAAGGGAUAGACAUCGAAAGACCCUACUGGGAUCAGAGCACAUAUCAAGGAAGGGCAUUGCAUUUUCUGACUGUGACGAAUCCGCUCAAUGUCUUCGCUUCGAACCGGAGUCUCGAGCACGCACGUGAUGUCGUCACGAAACACAGACAGGGCGAAAGCUUGAAAAAACAAGGAGUCAGCACGGAUGAAUUAUGGAAUUGCAAAUAUCUUUACGACAGCGCUUACCAUCCUGAUACCGGCGAAAAAAUGCUAUUAAUUGGACGCAUGAGCGCCCAAGUGCCCAUGAAUAUGAUGAUAACAGGCUGUAUGAUGACGUUUUACAAGUCAACGCCAGCUGUAAUUUUCUGGCAAUGGAUCAACCAGUCGUUCAAUGCUGUAGUUAAUUACACGAACCGCAGUGGUUCAAGCCCAAUUCCGACAGAAACGUUAGCACGAAGCUACGUCGGCGCUACUGGAGGCGCCGUGAUAACAGCGUUGACCUUAAACCGUCUUGCUCAACGUGGACCACCGCUGGCAGGUCGGCUGGUACCAUUAGCAGCGGUCGCAGCGGCUAAUUGCGUCAACAUCCCUCUAAUGAGGAUCACCAAAAUGGUCCAAAAUGGUAUCGAACUGGCAACCGAAAUGGUCGUCGAAAACAGCAAACGUGCUGCGAGAGAGGCAAUCACGUCUGUAACGUUAUCGCGAAUACUUAUGGCCUCUCCGAGCAUGAUAUUGGCGCCAAUAGUAAUGAAUUACUUAGAUCGAAGACAAUUGUUGCGUAAGGCGAAAUGGGCUGCCGGACCAAUUCAAGUUCUGAUUUGCGGAGUGUGUCUUACUUUCGCGACGCCGCUCUGUUGCGCUCUUUUUGCACAACGCGUUCCUAUCUCGGUAAAUCGAUUGGAAUCCGAUGUGCAAGAACAAGUACGCUCGCACGAUUCCGGUCUGGAAAUUGUUUACUACAACAAGGGCCUUUAAAUAAUAUGGGGCAGGAUCCCCACACGGCACUCGGAUACUUUAUCAAUUCAAUAACGCGAUCUACUUGAAACUCAGGUAUACACGAGACAUUCCCUACACAACAUUCGAAAGCACAAAUACGCUGUUAUUGUUAAUGACUGUCAACGAUUAUGAAAAUAAUUCCUUGUUGCUUACAACUAUAUAUAUAUAUAUAUAUAUAUAUAUAUAUAUAUAUAUGCCGUGAAUAAUUGAUGUUCAACGAUGAUAAUAUGAAAAUUUGCAAAGAGAUACUAUCAUAUCAGAGUUGUCUAUUUAAAUCUUUGAAAAAUUCUUUGAUUUCCCAGACAUUUUUAUUCAAUUUUUA